GCUGUGGCCCUCACAGGGCGCGCUCGCUGGCUCUCACCUGACAGGUCCCUGGCCUCAGGACGACAGCCAGCACCAACACGUUCCCUACAUGAGGGACAAAGCGACGCAGACCCCCAGGGCCUGGGCAGAUGAGAGGAGGAGAGGCUCUCACAAACGCUCGGCCUCCUGUGGGAGCACCGACCAGCUCAAAGAGAUUGCCAAAUUGCGUCAGCAGCUUCAGCGCAGCAAACGCAGCAGCCGCCAUCGGAGAGAUAAGGAUCGGAAGUCCCCAUUCAAUGGCAGCCACACCAUCAUCCAGUCGCAGUCACCUAUGCCCAAGACCAUCUUGAUACCCAUCCCCAUAUCCAAGUCAUCUGCCCCUCGUUUCCGCAACAGCGUGGAAGGACUCAACCAGGAGAUUGAACGCAUUAUCAUCCGAGACACUCCUGAAAAGGACGAGGCCAUUGUUCCUCAGGAUGUCCCAGAUGGGCACCGUGCACCCCCACCCGUCCCCCCACAGCGCAGCAGCAGCACCCGCAGCAUCGACACACAGACUCCCUCAGGGGGCGGCCUGAGUGGUAGCCAUAGCAACUGCAGUAGCCGCCCCGACUCCAUUUCGCCCUCCUACCUCACCGUCCUCAACGACACGGCUGGAGGCAGCCCCUACGAGGACAAAGAGCUGGGCCCCUAUUCUCCUUUGCCUAAGUAUGCCGCCUCGCCUCGACCCAACAACAGCUACACAUUCAAGAGGGAACCUCCAGAGGGCUGCGAGAAGGUCAAAGUGUUCGAAGAGACCAUGCCCAAACCUCUGCAGGAGAUCCCUCCCUUCCUGUGUCCUGACCGCAACAAGGUCAACUUCAUCCCCAACAGCGGAUCUGCCUUUUGCCUCGUCAGCAUCCUCAAGCCCUUACUCCCCGCCCCGGACCUCAGCUUCCGCCCCGGGGUCGGCCUCCGGAGUCUGUCCCCGUCCCUCGUGCCUCUGGGCGGUGUUGGCCUGCAGAGCCUGUCCCCGUCCCUGUCCACUCAGCCCUGCCUACUGGAGGAGCCGGAGAGCUUCUGACGGCCCCCCUCACUCCAGGCUUCACAUCACCACAUCCCCCUAAAGACCCUCCUACCCACCUUCCCCUGAAAUCAGAAAACAUUUGAAACUAGCAAACAACCCUUCUGCUCCAAAAAAAAAAAAUGCCUUCAGCAUGCCAGCUAAGCUCUCUCUGAUGUCCUUAUCUUGUUGAAAAAGCGCUUCCCACUGCCUCUCCUCCUCAGACGACUAAACGUGAGAGUCCUGCAGCCCCGUUCAGGGAUCUGCAGCAACAUUUCAUCGCUUUAUUCUACCUUUAGUGCUGGUUAUGUUCCUGUUUUUAGGAGGAAAAGGGCGAAGGACAGAUUUUUAUUUCAUCGUAUUAUACCAUGGCGCCUUUCCACGGACAUAUCUCUUUUUCUAUCUGUAGUUAUUUCUCUUGAUAUGAAAUAUGCCUUCCAUUAAAAAAAAAAAAAAAGGCCGCUGGUCUCCUUGGCGACCAAAAGAUUGACCAUGGAGGCUAAUUUUGGUGCUGCCAGAUUUAUCGUAGCAAAACUUGAAGGGUCACGAAAAGGAGAAAUUUCAAAAUGUGCCUGAUAUUUUAGACCGCUCAGUUUCCCUGCACCGUUAUAGCGCUCUGAUCACGUAUGUUUGUGUAGGUGUGAUCUCUGCGCUAUGGCGACCACAGAUACACACAGAAAGGCGGGGUGAUAACCAACCAACAGGAUGAAGCAUCUGUCAACCAAAUCCAAACAUGUUUUAUACUUUUAUUACCCAGGUUUUGUCAGCUUUACUCACUUGCUGUAAAGUGGAACAAACCGAUGCCUUUCUUAACUCGGUAGCAGUAAACUGGUCCCCGCUGACUGGUGUGUAUCUACGGGAAACACAGGCCAGGGCUAUGACGUGUGCAGCGUGUUCAACCUGUGUCUGCUUGCCCCUCCUUCCCCGAAGAUCCAGCCUUUGCUAAAAAUGUCUCAGCCCCUCACCAUCAGCCCUUCUAACUCCACCAACGCCUGCUCUCACAGCCUCCUCACUUUCCUCCUGCUUUUUCUCUCCUUUUCUUUUCCUCACUUUAACACCGAUUUCCUUCUGUGUUGCUCAACUAGUUGUCGUGAAACCUCUCCACCCCCCUCUGGCGUACAGGGAACUGAGCAUGGAGAGGUCGGCAUGAAAACCACAAGGAACAUUUCAUGCAAAUUUAAAGAACUUUUUUUACAGAAGCUUUGGCAAAACUAUAUUUGUUUCCAACAUCACAGGAGCAACUCACAUUUAGUUUCUUCUUGUUGCCUGCCAUGUUUAACACUAACUGAGAAAACCCAAAAUAUUUUUAGGGCUAGUAUCUGUUGAUUGUUGUGAUACCAUAAGUAGAGAGUUGAGCACCAAGACAUGCACAACCUCUAGGGAAUAAACCUGUCGAAUGG